AACUCAGAAGUACAAAAAGUACAACAAUGGCCUUAUUGUCGUCGGGUUGACUGCCCCGCUUUCCUCGGCACAGCCGAUAGAGGCGACCCCCGCCCCCUUGCCAAGAGCUCAGGUGACCCGCUCGCCUCAGCGCAUCGCUCCCUCUCCUGCCCUCCCCGCCCCGCAGAGAUGCAGCCUGCCUCCGGACCGAUGAGAUCGCCGCCGCCUCAGAACCGAGCGACUGCCCUCAAACAAAGUCGCCAAGACACAAAAGCGCUUAAUAUUCCCAGCCAAAGAGAAAUAGUUGUUCGUCUGUGUUAGACGUGCUUUUUUGGGGGGGGUCCUCUCCUCCCUCCGGUAACCUUGUCCCAUCAACCCCGCUCCCCGACACGGGACAACCUACGCGGCGGACGCGAUGAGCGACUCGGCGGCGUCCGACGGAAUGGUGGCCGAGGUCAAACAAGGCACCAAGUACGUCAAGGAGACCGAGAACGUGGCGGAGAAAUACUCGGCCUUGACCGUGAGCAAGAACAGCAGCGACGUGAACAUGAAUGUCGGGGAGAUGCCCUCCGCCGCCUUCACCGCCGUCCCCACGCUCAAGUCCGUCAAGAAGAUCCAGUUUGCCAAUGCGGAGGACAAACAGGAGUUCAGCAAAUACCCGACGAAGGCUGGCCGCCGCUCGCUCUCUCGCUCCAUCUCGCAGUCGUCCACAGAUAGCUACAGCUCGGCUGCGUCGUACACUGACAGCUCUGAUGACGAAACAUCCCCCCGAGACAAAGCUCAGGUCAACACACAGGGCAGCAGCGACUUCUGCGUGAAGAACAACAAGCAGGCCGAGUUUGGCCGUCGUGAGAUUGAAAUUGCCGAACAAGACAUGUCGGCCCUCAUUUCCCUGAGGAAGAGAGCCCAGGGCGAGAAGCCUCUGGCGGGGGCCAAGGUGGUGGGCUGUACCCACAUCACCGCUCAGACGGCGGUGCUGAUCGAGACCCUGGUGGCCCUGGGGGCUCAGUGUCGCUGGACCGCCUGCAACAUCUACUCCACCCAGAAUGAGGUGGCCGCCGCUCUGGCUGAAACAGGAGUGCCCGUGUUUGCCUGGAAGGGCGAGUCCGAGGACGAUUUCUGGUGGUGCAUCGACCGCUGCGUCAACACGGAGGGCUGGCAGGCCAAUAUGAUCUUGGACGACGGCGGAGACCUGACACACUGGGUUUACAAGAAGUACCCCAACGUGUUCAAGAAAGUGCGGGGCAUCGUCGAGGAGAGUGUCACCGGAGUUCACCGACUGUACCAGCUAUCUAAAGCCAGCAAGCUGUGCGUCCCGGCCAUGAACGUGAAUGACUCGGUCACCAAGCAGAAGUUCGACAACCUCUACUGCUGCCGUGAAUCCAUCCUGGAUGGUUUGAAGAGGACCACGGACAUCAUGUUUGGUGGUAAACAGGUGGUGGUGUGCGGUUAUGGAGAGGUGGGCAAAGGCUGCUGCACGGCUCUAAAAGCCCUGGGAGCCAUCGUGUGCAUCACUGAGAUCGACCCCAUCUGCGCCCUGCAGGCAUGCAUGGACGGCUUCCGAGUGGUCAAACUGAGCGAGGUCAUCCGGCAGAUGGACGUGGUCAUCACUUGCACUGGCAACAAGAAUGUCGUCACCAGAGAGCAACUGGACCGCAUGAAGAACGGCUGCGUGGUGUGCAACAUGGGUCACUCCAACACGGAGAUUGAUGUGGCCAGUCUGCGCAGCCACGAGCUGACCUGGGAGCGGGUCCGCUCGCAGGUGGACCACAUCAUCUGGCCGGAUGGGAAGAGAGUUGUGCUUCUGGCCGAGGGUCGCCUCCUGAAUCUGAGCUGCUCCACAGUGCCCACCUUUGUGCUGUCCAUCACCGCGACCACUCAGGCACUGGCCCUGAUUGAGUUGUUCAAUGCUCCAGAGGGACGUUACAAGCAGGACGUGUAUCUCCUGCCCAAGAAAAUGGACGAGUAUGUGGCCAGUUUGCACCUCCCCAACUUUGACGCUCACCUCACAGAGCUCUCUGACGAGCAGGCCAAGUACAUGGGCCUCAACAAGAACGGCCCCUUCAAACCCAAUUAUUACAGGUAUUAAUGGGAAGGCCUGCUGACGUUUCCCUGAAAUUAACACAUAUAUCUUUUUUAUUUGAUAAAUUGCUACCAAAUGGAGGACUUAUUUUGCUUAUGUAUCCUAAAUAGCACGUCAGACAUAGCUUUAAAAAUGAAUUGUAUAUUUAGCUAGCAUGCUAAGUGUCUGGUCAAAUAUGUAAACAAAAGCCUGCAUGCAUGCACUGUUCGCUGCUACAGAUUUCAUAUUUUGUUGAUUUGUUUUUCUUUUUUUAUGCACAAAAAUGCCAAAAAUUAAGGUUCAUAAGAAUGAAAGCUGGUCUGUGACAUUAUUAUCACAUAUUUAAAUAUGAUCUACAUUCCACUCGCAGCCAAACAAAAAUGUACAGUACACUAUAUUCUCUCAAUGUUUUCUAUUUGUGUGGUCAGGAUAUUCAUACUUUAUUUGCAUACAUGCCCUCAAAAGGUACCACCAAGUAACCCUUAUUUACUGCAACAAAUUAUACAGAUGAUAUGGGACAACUGUUCCAUACUGCAAUAUCUCAAUUAAUCUGGAACAUUGCAAUGUAUAAUAACAUGCAUUAGAAUUGGGUCAAAGUCACUGAUGGUGUAGUGGUACACUCGCCUGACUUUGGUGCGGGCAGUUUGGGUUCAGUUCCCACUCAGUGACGGUGUGAAUGUGAGUGUGAAUGGUUGUCCUUGUCUAUAUGUGCUCUGCGACUGACUGGCGACCAGUUGAGGGUGUAGUAGCGCCUUUCGCCCAAAGUCAGCUGGGAUAGGCUCCAGCGCCCCGCAACCCUAACCAAGAUAAACGGUGUUGGAAAUGGAUUGAUGGAUGGAUAGAAUUGGGUCAAAAAUAUCUGAUCCUCUCCUGUCAAACUAAAAACUCAUCAAAUUCUCUACUAUUCGCUUGGCCUGGUUAAAAUAAGACUGUGAAUCCCACAAACAUUGCACUGCUUAAAAUACGAUUAAGGUAAAUUCCUCACCAAAGUUGUGCUUGUGAAAAUAAAACUAACUUAACCCCUAGAAAGUUGUGCUGGUUAAUACAGGGGUGCCUUGAGAUACGAGUGACCUGACUUAUGAGUUUUACGAGAUAUGAGUCGUUUUUUUUUUGUUUCGACUUGAGAGCGCAGACUUGAGAUAUGAGCGCUGUAUGGUGGCAGUGAACUUAACUCACUUCACAGUAAGCAGCACUUUAACAAAUAGUGAACAAUUCUUCCAAAAAGAGGCUACAAUCUGUUUAAUGCCACUUCCAGUUGAAGUUUACUCUAAAACUUGAUAUACAAGUAUUUAUGUUCCAAAGGAGGCACCUUUUUUUUUUAUCUCUCUUUGAACCCUUGAUGUAUUACAACAAAGGUUUAGGAAAGGUGGCAUAAAGGUUAGGAGAUUGGACUUUGCGAAAAGGCCCAAAAAGAGUAGUGGUGACUCUUCUUCAUACUGUAUGUGUCUGUCUGACUGUAUUAUACUGCCCCCCGGUGGCCAAAGCUCACACACCAGAAGGAGCAGCACAUGAAUUGAUUGGAUGCAUUAAAUCAUGAUGCACAAACUGUUUUAACGCUUUACAUUUGAUCUAUAUUACAAAAAAAAAAAAAUUUGAAAAAUCAUAUUACAGUGCUCAUUUCCUUAUUGAAAAACACAUUUCAAAUCAUGAUUUUUUUGGGGGGGAGGGAGCUGGCACAGAUUAAUGGCACUUGCCUUCAUUUUGAUAGGGAAAGAUUAUUUGAAAUACAAGCAUUUUAAACUCGUAUCUCAAGGCACCACUAUUUGACAACUGUAACUCCCCCUGCAAAAUUGUGCAGGUUGAAAGUAGACAACUGUAAUUGCCCCAUACUUGGUUAAAAUAAUACCAUAAACUCCCCCACCAAAACAAAAAAAGUUCACAGGUUAGAAUAGGUACAUAUGAGUGUCAGAACACAAGUGUUUACCACUGAACUGAAAACGAUAACAAAAACCUCCUGCGUUCGGGGUUUCCUCGUCAGCUAUACCCUAAAAGGUUCAUUUUCUCGAUUUUUCGGGGGCAAAAAAUCUAAAUGAAUCAGGGAAACCUGUGAGUGAGGAGAAUAAAUUGAGUGGCCUUCGUAUGUAGUUAUACAUAGAAAAGCGCAAAAAUGUCCACAGGAGGAGUAGCCGCGACAAGAGAGACAGACUGGGAACCAAACCGCCAUUAUCCGGUUUUUAGUUGAAGUGUGAAGGCUUAUUGAAUGUGGUUGGUUGACCUAUAGACUUCAGUCCAUCUCGAUUCAAGCAGUCUGUUGUUAUGUGACAGAAAAGUCAAGCUUCAUAACCUCCUCGGUUAGAUAAAAAGGUAAAAGACCAUCCACCAUGGCCUAACAGUUUGCCAAACAGCAUGUCGUCAAAAGAACCACCCAAAUGAUGCUAGUAUGCUACCAUGACCAAGGUUAAUGUAUUUUACUUAUUGCUAUCUCCCAAAUUAAUUAGCCAGUCCCUCCAUGAUCAUGCUAACUUUGUCUGAAUUUCUGCCACAUCUAUUUUUUAAUCAUUCUGACCUGCUGAAAAACACGCGUUUGUCCUUUGUAACGUAAUCUUAGACAGCAAGUUUGCUGCCGAAUAUGAUUGUCUUCUUUUGUUGUCAACAUGCAUUCAAUCAGCAAUAAAGACUUGAUCUGUUGA